GGGCCGACCAACCAGACGGCCGAUGAUGUCAUCGGAGGAGGAGACCGAGUGUUUCGCCCUCUACGGAGCAACCACGGAAAGCAAGCAACAGCAACUUCUGAAGAAGCAGAAGCGCACCAGACAGCGCGUGGACGCCGGUGAGCCGCGCAACAGCUACUCGAGUAUACCGAACUUUAGCUCCCGGCCAUCCUUCCUCGGUGGUGGAUUAUACGGCUCGAUCUUCAGUGGUAGCGGGCCGCCGUCACAUCAACAACAACAGCAACAACAACAACAGCAACAACAUCACCAGUCGCAAUCACAACAACAACAACAACAGCUCCAGCAGCAGGCUGGAGCGACUGGCAGUCAAAGUCACUUAGGUACAGCUACGACGGGUCCCACAACCCAGCAGCAUUCCGCCCACGCGGCUUUCGGCUUCUUCGGGGCUCCGGGCUUCGGCCCCGCCAAGAUGCUGAACGAGUUAUUAGGACGGCAGGUCAAACAGGCCAGUGACGCUGGCGGAUCGCCGCCAGAGGGCGGUCACGGGAUGACCGGUGCCGGUAUGGAUCCCGCCUCAAAUCUGCAACCAGGCGCCGUUGUUAAUUGCGACGAUCCCGCCACAGCCGACCUCACGCAGCACAUGCUCCGCGACAUGCUACUGCAGGGGCGUAAGCUCUCUGCUCUUGGCGUGCAGGAGCAGCCUAACAAUAACAACAGUAUACACAAUAACAACAAUAACAACACUACCGCGGAAUUACUUAAAUCGCAGCAUCAACAGAGUCCACAACAGCAUCAACAAAAUAGUGAUAGUGCGCGCAGUGGAACAGUGCAGAGUGGCGGAGAAGAAAGUGGUGAUGGCAAUAACGUCGUGAAUAGCGCGAAUCAUAGUGACCGCGAUACCGUAAUGCCGGGAGAUGCUGAGGACAGCGCUGAGGAUGCUGCCUCCGCGGCACGCGCGAUGGAGGAAGCUUUUGCUGAGGCCGGUAUGGAUCCAGGAGCGAACUUGGACGGAUCGGAUUGCGAGCAGAGCUUGCCUCCUAGCCCAACGGCACCAAGGUCAGGCUCCGUCUCCGUUAAAGAAGAGAUACAGGAGUCGUUGAAUAUCAAACGUAGCCCGAGUCAUUCUCCUUGUCCGAUCGUGCCAAAGACCGAGACGAGCUCUCCAACGACGGAAAUCAAACGUGCCCGCGUGGAGAAUAUUGUCAGCACGAUGCGCAGUAGUCCGGCGCUUCAGCCAGCCACGGUAAACGGCUGCAAAAAGCGCAAGCUUUAUCAACCACAGCAACAGACGGUGCAUCACGUUCUCCAGCAUAGUGUCAAUGACACCAUGAUGGACGACGAAGAUGAAAGCGAAGAGGAGGAAGAUCCGGCGACGAUUAGACAGAAACGGGAGGAGAAGGACAACCUGAAGAUCCAGUUGAAGCUGCUGCACGAGCAAUUGGCGGAAAUGCAGCAAAAAUACAUGGAACUCUCCAGUAGAAUGGAGCCGGACACAAGCGAGAGUGGCGAUGCGCCACCUAGUCCUCAGCCUCAACCGCAACCACCACCAAGACCACCACGACCUCAUCCACCGCCGUAUAACGGCCUUCCUGCCCUCCCACCUGAUCAUCCUCACGCAGCAGCUGCCGCUAUGUAUCAUAUGGGACACAAACUUUACUUUGAACAACAACACGCUGCUCUUGAAAGAAUGAAACAGCAUCAAGAAGCGGCUGUAAGGCAGCAGCAGCAGCAGCAGCAGCAACAACAACAACAACAACAACAACAGCAGCAGCAGCAGCAGCAGCAGCAACAACAACAACAGCAGCAGCAGCAGCAGCAACAGCAGCAGCAACAGCAGCAGCAGCAGGUGCAGCAGGUACAUCAACGACAAAGUUCACCACCGCCACCAAGUCAGCCACAGCCACAGAGUCAAAAUAAUACUGGGCCUCCGACGCCGCAAACGCCGCAAUUGCCACCAUCUACUACACCUAUUCAACAUAAAGAUUUUCAAGAAAGGUUGAACGUCUUCAGAGGUGCCGCCGGAGCAGCCAGUUCGUCCGGUCCUCAUAUCACUGGCGCCGACUUGGAAGGUUUAGCGGAUAUCUUGAAGACGGAAAUAACCUCGUCUUUAACUAAUCUGAUUGACAGUAUUGUCUCGAGGUUUGUGCAACAAAGGAGGUUUCUCGGUAAGCAGACCGAGGCAGCGCAGGCUGCCGCCGAACAGCUGAACAAGGACCUCCUUCUCGCGAGUCAGAUGCUCGAGAGAAAGUCGCCGAGAACGAAAGUAGUCGAUAGAGGAGCACCACAACAAGCCGGUGGCCCAAACGGGCCACGGGGGCCCCUCAACGGUGGGCCCCCUCCUCCACAACCCACGGGGUUUUCGCAACUCGGGUCCAUCGGUGGUGUGCCCCAUGGCCCUCACGCUGGACCCACGGAAAAUAAUCUUAAUCAGAUGAAUCAGCUGCCCUCGCACGGAAGGCCGAGCGGAGUUGGAAUGUUUCAGACGCCAAAACCGCCGACGAUAUAUGCCAUGGCCUCUAUGCAGGCGCAGCAACAGCAACAACAUCAACAACAACAUCAGCAGCAACGCGAACAGCAGCAAAGAGAGCAACAACGCGACCAAUACUGCAAUAUGAGAGGUGACGAGAGAGAAACCAGGGACUCGGAACAAAACGAGGCCUUGUCGCUCGUCAUGACGCCGAAGAAAAAGCGUCAUAAGUACGCUUUACAGGUGACGGACACAAGAAUUACUCCUAGGACGGUGUCCAGAAUCCUAGCGCAGGAGGGAAACGGUUCGCAAGGAGGUAGCGAUAGUCCCCCGCCUCCCCCGCCGCCGAGACCCUACCACGCGCCGCCACCAAUGCUGCCGGUGUCUCUGCCAACCAGUGUAGCGAUACCAAAUCCAAGCCUCCACGAGAGUCAAGUGUUCUCACCCUAUUCGCCGUUUUUCAAUCCUCAUGCGAGUCAUCCUGGUCAAGUACCACCUCCGGGGCCACAUCAUUUACCCGCGAGUCCUCCGGGUGGAGGUGUAGAACUCAGGGAUUCCCCCCCACUGCCCCAUCCGCCGGCUAUGUUGCAUCCAGCAUUACUGGCGGCGGCCCAGCACGGCAGUCCGGAUUACGGACACCUCAGGAUGGACAGCAACGACCGAGCUAGCGACUGCAACUCUGGUGAUAUCAGCUACGACGGGAUUCAGCCUACAUCGUCGACGCUGACUCCGAUGCAUCUGAGGAAGGCGAAGCUGAUGUUCUUCUGGGUCAGGUACCCGUCCUCAGCCGUCCUUAAGAUGUACUUCCCCGACAUCAAGUUCAACAAAAAUAAUACAGCGCAGCUGGUCAAGUGGUUCUCCAACUUCCGGGAGUUCUACUAUAUCCAAAUGGAGAAAUAUGCGAGGCAGGCAGUUUCGGAGGGAGUGAAAAACGCCGAAGAUCUUCGAGUCGGUGGUGACUCGGAAAUCUACCGGGUUCUCAAUCUUCACUACAACCGUAAUAACCACAUUGAGGUAUGGGGUCCCCAGGUACCCAGCAACUUCAGGUACGUUGUGGAGCAAACGCUGAAAGAGUUCUUCAAAGCGAUUCAGGGCGGCAAGGACUCCGAGCAGAGCUGGAAGAAGUCCAUCUACAAGGUGAUCUCGAGGUUGGACGAUCCGGUGCCGGAGUACUUCAAGAGCCCGAACUUCCUGGAACAGCUCGAAUGAAUCAGGAGGUCGCGUGGCUCUUGCUCUUCGUGGUGCGCGGGCUCGCCCGCGCUCGUCGGCUCCCGAUAAGUCAGGAAACGACCAACGAGGAAGGAUCGCAUCCGCUAGGAGGUACACGUCCUUCGCGUAGUGCGUGUUCAGGUAUCUUUAAAUAACAUAUCGCAAAAGAAAGAACGAAACGAGGGCUAGGAAGGGAAAGGAAACACGGACAAAGGAACAGAGGCACCAUCGACGUCCAACGGGCGACGUCAAGAUGCCAACGAAGGAUCAGGCUGUGACCGAAUCACAAAUCACACACGGGGAGAGAUGGAAGACAUGCACAUAAUACACAAUACGUGUAACACAUACACACAUAUAAAACACUGCGAACCUACUGGCUGACGAAAUCUCGAAAGCCGCCAAGUGUCGAACGCUCAUCGAUGUUCCUCUUGUUUCAACCGAACGAGCACACAACCAUAUGGUGAUCCUGGAAAUGAGAUGAAGAAGCACGACGAAAUGCGCGAAAUCAACGAACAGCGAGGAUAGAUAGCUUUUAGCGUCGAUUUUGUCCGAUCUGUUUGUAAUUGUAGAGUAAUUUGCUUUGUUACCAUCUAAUUUUACAUCAAACGAUAAGGAAAAAUUAAGGACAAUGACACUACCGAGAAGUUUCACUUCCAGAAAAAGACGGAGACGUUCGGAAUGUUUAUAAGCGUAUACUCAAAAAUUGAGUCAAAGUGAAAAUCAUAGUUCCUCUUCUAGUUCAAAGAAGAUCCGGAGGAUCUUCUGUGUCUGUGAAAGAAACGACGCAGAACGGGCAGUAGCGCUCCUCGUUCUACGCCGUUUCACAACGAAAUUAUAUGUUUGGAUAAAAGAAAAAAUCUUGCGGUAAAUUAUUCCGAAUGAUUCUGUCUUAUUCUUUGCAAGAUGUGACUCUGACCAAAACUAGAAAACAAACAAACAUUUCUUAUCGAUGAAUAAAUCUCAUUAGGAUUCAUACUUCGAUAAGAAGAUCUUUUUGCUGCAAUUCUUAGCACGUUUCUUUCAGAGAAAAUUUAAUCUCUUCAAAUCGUUAGUUGAAAGUGCGAGGUUCUCCUCGAUGUGCUUUCCGACUGACGCGUCGAUAAAAUAUUCACUUCCUUGAAUUAAUAAAUUAAGAUUUCGUUUUGUCACGUGUAAUCGAUCGAUAAAGUUUGAAAUCGACGUGAAAAUGCUUGGCUAUACUAAAAUUACAUCGCGCGCACAAAUAAGACAAGUGGCGCGAAAACAAAAAGCAAUCGUGCGUGCUUACAUGGAUACCAAAGAAUCGACUUGACGAAAACGAAAAAAAAAAAAAAAAAAACAACGUGAGACGUCGCACAAAUAAUCAAGCGACCGCUCAUAGCAAUUUCCGCACGAAAAGAACCUGUUCCUAUCUGCCGAGGAAGAUCUUCCUCCGCGCGUUCUUUUUGUUUCUCCCGUAUAUAAAUGUUUUCUUCCGUUCGCUCGCUGAGGAUUACUUAUCGAGCCGAUAAAAAAAAAGCUACGUUUGAAUACACACGUUGCGUUGAGAGAUUUGGUGCAUGGGUCAAUAUAAAUAGCUGUUUUUUAUUCAAUGGUUGGUUGUAUAAACUUGCGGUUUAGACUAGUCCCAUUGACGAGAUUAGGAGUAGUACGGGCGACGAAGAUGCAGCGUCGGAUGCAGCGUCUGCGUGAGAGUUGUGCAUACCGGCGAUGUAUAUGUAGCUGUAGCGUAGCGAACAAAAAAAAAAAAAA